ACCUCACUGUUGAGCUCAGGGGUUGUGUCCAGCAUGAGUUGGAGUCUUCUCCUUCUACUUCUCCUGUCUCACUGCACAGGUUCUCUGUGCCAGUCUGGGCUGACUCAGCCGCCCUCCCUCUCUCUGUCUCAAGGAGCAUCUGCCAGACUCACAUGCACCCUGAGCAGUGGCUUCAGUGUGAACAUCCACAUCAUAUUCUGGAUACAGCAUAAGCCGGAGAGUCCUCCCCAGUAUCUGCUGCACCAUCACACACAUACAGAUGGGUAUGAGGACUCCAUGGCCCCCAGCCACUUCUCUGGAUCCAAAGAUGCCUCAGUUAAUACAGUCACUCUGCACAUAUCUGGUGUUCAGCCUGAGGAUGAGGCAGACUACUACUGUGGCACCUGGGAUGGCAAUACAAAGAAUUACACUGUGCUCCCACCCCACAAGGAAGUGAGACAAAUAUCUCCUCUCUGUUCCCUGAUGCAAUUACUGCUACUGGUGGGUCUGACCUAG